UCAUUAGUUAUCCAUGCCUUGAGUAUCACACAAAUUCAGUGUAAAUCAAAAAUUCCUAAUGAAAUAACAUUUAAACAUCAACAUUUUUGAGAAAACUAAAUUCCAAAACUCCUCUUUCGGAACCCGCAUUUUAGCCAAAGGUAUAUUUUAAACUUGCCAUGGAUGACUUUGAUUUCAGUAGCCCACCCCCGGAGGUGCGAACCAUUCAUACCCACACGCUGAAUGAAGAGCAGGUCAAGGAUUGUGAGGCGGCCUUUGCCCUUUUCGACGACGACAAUACCAAGGUCAUUCCGAUCAAGUUACUGAGGGAUUGCCUGCGUGCCGUGGCUCACACGCCGCCGGAAAACGAGCUACAGGAUUAUAUCACCGAAAUAGAUACGGAUGGAUCCGGCGAUCUGUAUCUUAGCGAUUUCCUAUACAUCAUGUCGAAACGGUACGAGAAUUCGACGGUCGAAGAUGAGGUUAUCCUGGCUUUCAAAGUCUUUGACAAAGAUGGAUCCGGUUUCAUACACGAGAAUGAAUUCCGUCAGAUAAUGACGGACUAUGGCGACGAAAUGGAAGAGGAUGAGAUCGAGGAAAUGAUACGUGAUGCCGACGCCAACACGGAACUAAAAAUCGACUACGUUCGCUUUGUGAACAUGAUGAUGGAGACGUAACACUCUGUUGGCAAAUUUAACGAUAAGAUCUUAUGUAUGAACAUAAUCAGUUGGGAUGGUCUUUAUGAUCGUCUUCUAUACUUUGGCGCAACUAACAAUUUUGGGUCAAAAAUUUUAGUUAAAUAAAAUAAUGAAAAUAAUAGCAAAUGUACAAUGAAUAAAUGCACAAAAAAGCCAACAAAAA